CUCAGGAGGGAGAGGUGUGUGGUGAGUCUACAAGCAGUCGGGGCAGAAACAGACACCAGACAGACAGACACACUGCCGGAGUGACUGAUCUGUGUGUGAACAGAGGAGCAGAGCUGUGUGUUCGUGGAAUGGAGCUUUUCUUCAGCUCAAUCUGCUGGUAAACAGAAGGGCUGUGUGGACGCAGGAAUUCCAGGUCACAAGGGCUCCAGCGGCGGGGCAGAGGCUGGACUGGGCUGGGCUGGACUGGACUGGGCUGGGCUGGGCUGGGCUGGACUGGGCUGGACUGGACUGGACUGGGGUAGGCUGGGUCUGGGACUGUGUGUACUGGUGUCCUGUUCGAUCGAAGUUUGUCCCUGUCCUUCUAAACCUGUGAUCUGAAAACACACUGAGUAGAAGAUCCACACACACAAACACACACAGAGACGCACACACACACACACACACACACACACACACAGACUGUGGAAAGGACGCCGACACACACUGAGGAGACGACAUACACACACAUUGUUAUUUGGGGAGACUAUUUCAGCCUCUUGGGGAAUCCUUGGAGGCCCCCCGCUAACUUGGUCCCCCCCCCUUGUAUUUUUUGUCCCUGACGAUGGCGUCAUCCGUGGAUUAUGUGUUGUUGCUGGUGGCUGUCGUGCUGGUAUCGUACCACGUGGUGGUGGAAGGGGGGUGCGCUGGGAAGUGCUGCCGGGGUUCAGACAUCACCUGUGCAACGGCAGACUGGAGGAUGGACCGUGUUUACGGAACCUGCUACUGCGACGAGGGCUGCCUGAGGACCAAGGACUGUUGCUAUGACUACCCCACCGCGUGCCCAGGCCAGUCGUGUGUGGUGACUGAGUGGAGUUACUGGAGCAGUUGUGGCCAGCCCUGCCAGCGGUCCGCGAGGGUCCGGCAGCGCCACAUUGAGCAGGAGCCCAGGAACAGUGGAGAGCCAUGUCCCAGUCUGGGGGAGCAGGCAGGCUGCAUGGAGCACCGCUCACACCAGGGAGAGUUCUGCGCUCAGAACACAGGUCCAGCUUUCAUCACCACCAUGGAGUUUAGUAAAGGAAGAACAAAGCAUGACAUCUUUGGAGCACCUCUGGACCCUGGGUUCUGUAUGGAGUACAAGAUGGAGUCUCUGACUCCUCACUGUUCGGUGGAGAACCGGCCACACACCCGCUGGACGCAGUAUCUACGGGAGGGCUACAUCGUGUGUGUGGCCUGCCAAGCCCCCGCCAUGCGUAACCAUAGCGACAGCUGCCAGGGAGACGGACAAGAAUACAAUAGUGAGGAGCUACUCCAUUGGCAGGCUGUGGGGAACUCUCGCUGUCGAGGAACAUGGAAGAAGGUCCAGAGAACUGCGUACUGCUCCUGUCCCCACGUCCACAGCUUCCUCUUCAUAUAAACACUCAGGAAGCCUCAGUCCCUACUGGCACCCUAUUCCCUAUAUAUAUAUAUAGUGCACUGCUUUUGACCAGAGUCAAAAAAAAGUA